GUGGUGCACACCCGGAAGUGACACAGGCGGCUAACUCAGCUAGCUCAGGGCUAGCCAGUUAAAAUGAACCUACAGCGGGAAAAGUGUUUGGUGAAUUUCCCCAGCCUGGAACAACACUGACAUUUUGUCCACGCACUGGUGAGGUGCACAGCCACAGAAGGAAUCUACAAUGGGCCAACGAAGGAGAGCGUCAGCUGUGAAUAACUCUUCAUCUCAGAGAGUCUCUGGAGCUCCUGCAGAGGUUGCCAGAGUCCCCAGCAGGAAGCACAACAUCUGCAUGGUGUCUGACUUCUUCUAUCCAAACAUGGGAGGAGUGGAAAGUCACAUUUACCAGCUAUCCCAGUGUUUGAUUGAAAAGGGACACAAGGUGGUAAUUGCCACCCAUGCCUAUGGCAGGAGGAAGGGUGUCAGGUAUCUGACCAAUGGACUGAAGGUCUACUACCUCCCACUGCAGGUGAUGUACAACCAGUCCACAGCCACCACCUGCUUCCACAGUCUCCCACUGCUGCGCUGUGUGUUUGUAAGGGAACGCAUCACUCUGGUGCACGCACACAGCUCAUUCUCUGCCAUGGCCCAUGAUGCACUGUUCCACGCUAAGACCAUGGGUCUUAACACGGUGUUCACUGACCACUCGCUCUUCGGCUUUGCUGAUGUGAGCUCUGUGCUGACCAACAAGCUUCUGACUGUGUCACUGUGUGAUACCAACCACAUUGUGUGUGUGUCAUACACCAGUAAGGAGAACACGGUGCUCCGUGCGACACUCAACCCGGAGAUAGUGUCUGUUAUUCCCAACGCUGUUGACCCUACAGACUUCACCCCCGACCCCUCCCAGCGCCAAGACGGCAGGAUCACGAUUGUUGUGAUCAGUCGCCUUGUCUACCGCAAAGGAAUUGAUCUUCUUGGUGGGAUAAUCCCAGAGCUUUGCCUCAAACAUCCAGAUCUACAUUUCCUAAUUGGUGGAGAGGGACCGAAGAGAAUUGUGCUGGAGGAAGUGAGAGAGAAAUACCAACUGCAUGACAGGGUGCGUCUACUGGGGGCUUUGGAGCAUAAAGAUGUACGUGGAGUUCUGGUGCAGGGUCACAUCUUCCUCAACACAUCUCUGACAGAAGCAUUUUGUAUGGCCAUUUUGGAAGGAGCCAGCUGUGGUCUGCAGGUGGUUAGCACUCGCGUGGGGGGCAUUCCUGAAGUGUUACCUGAGGACCUGAUUACCCUGUGUGAGCCCACUGUGCGGUCGCUGUGUGCCGGUCUGGAGACAGUCAUCGCCCGGCAGCGCUCAGGGUCUGUCGCCUCCCCCGCCUCUAUCCAUGCUUGUGUGCAAAACCUCUACACCUGGAGAAACGUUGCAGAGAGGACAGAAAAGGUGUACGACCGAGUGUCUGGAGAGGAGGUGCUUCCCCUGGACAGACGGUUGCGGAGACUGAGGGCUCACUGCGGCCCAGUGGCUGGCUCCAUCUUUGCAUUUGUGGCUGUUUUAAACUUCCUCUUCCUGCUGCUUCUGCAGUGGUUGGUGCCAGACCGGGACAUGGACAUGGCUGUGGACGCCACCGGUCCUCAGAGAUUGUGGAGGCAGGAACCAAACAGUAAAGUCACACCCGGGAAGCGGGCAGCAGAACGACAUAUUUCAUCAUAGUGACCACUCCACAACUCUGCUGCACUUUUAGCUGCUUACAUGGUUUUAAAUGUCCUGAGUGACAUUUGAAACGUGGCUAUUGAAUGCUGAAUGUGCUUAUGGUAACCCCAAACAUUGUUUACAUUUACUUAACAAAAGGGACCUUGUAUGAAUACAUUUUAUCAAAGACUUGAAAGGAGAGUUUUUUAUAUUUAAUGAUUAAAAUUUAUCAGAGGCACUUGUUGGAGCUUUAAAAGACACUUUUUGAUUUGUUAUACACUGUAUAGAUUGCACUGAACAGAGGAAGUAAAAGGGCUGGUUUAAAUGGCAGUAACCUAUUUUCAGUUAGAUGCAUACGUCAUAUAGAACAAUGAUUUUGCUGGUAAAGUUUGUGCAAAGUUGUAUAUCGGUGCAAAUGACCUGAUUUUGUUAUCACAAAUGCCACUCCUUUGUUUACUAGAUUUAGAUGUUACAUAUUUAUAUGAAACCUGUGUUUUCAGAUGAUCACAUGACUCCCAGGCAAGCCACUCUGAAAAAUAAAGCAUACUUUCUAACGUUUCA